AAAAUUUAGACAGGUGGUCGAAAAAUUUAGACAGUUAGUUGAAAAUUUUAGACAGCUCGUCGAAAAAUUUAGACAACUGGUCGAAUUUUAGAUUGAGAUCAUUUUACAAAAAAUUAUCAAAAGUAGGUCAGGAUGCAAAGCCACUUAAAAUAAGAGGCUAUUUUCACCAAUUUCUCAUAUUAGAAAGAUGAAAAAUGGCAGUUUCAUUUAGGUGGAUAAUGCAGCUUCAUAAGGACGUGCCCAAAGCAGCUCGAUUCUACUCGGAGGGACUGGACUUCACCGUUAACGUCUGCACUCUCCGUUGGGCUGAGCUUCAGUCUGGUCCACUUAAACUCGCUCUCAUGCAAUCCCCAAUUGAUCGUGCAAUACAGAAGGAGUACUCUUCAUCAUUAUCUUUCACAGUAACAGACAUCAACAGUACAGUAACAAAAUUAAUGGCAUUAGGAGCUGAACUAGAUGGUCCAAUCAAAUAUGAGAUCCAUGGAAAGGUUGCAGCAAUGAGAUGUGUUGAUGGGCACAUGUUGGGCCUUUAUGAACGUGCAUAGGAGCUCCAGAAACAUGUCUUCUUGAAUACAAUCUUUAAAGCUGUGCAUAAAGUGUAGAGCGUUGGACCUGAAGAGAAGGCAAGCAAGGUUAUCAAGACAUUUAUAGGAAAUCAAAGAAUUUUUUAUGUUCUAGUAGUACCUGUCAUGUAGAUGGGGUAUUUUGGAUCUUCUGAAUCUCCAAGAACUGCUAGGAUUUCUUCUGUUGUAUUUUUUGGUAGCACAGCUGCUUUUCUUUGCCUGCUUAUUGAGUUCUCAUCUUGCAACUUCAUGGAAUAAUGAUUUCAAUUUGUUAUUAAUUGAAAAAGAUUCACUACACUCA